AUGCGCGUAUACCUGUAUUUGUACAUAUUUAUAUGUAUUUAUUUAUUAGUACUUGCUUUAUUUUUAUUUUGUAUGUUCAUUUAUAUUUGUAUAUAUAUAUAUAUAUAUAUAUAUAUUUAUAUGUGUGUGUGUGUGUUAUAUGUAUGGUGGUCAUUAUUAGCGAUUUUCAAUUUAAACUUCACGCAUCUUAUAAUUGUUUGUGAGUUUCGUAUAUUGACGUUUAUAUAUUUACAUUCACUUCUUCUUUCUUUAUUUGUUUUUUUUAUAUUUAUAUAUAUAUAUAUAUAUAUAUUAACAAAGAAGGAUAAGUACACACAAAGAAAAGGAAAAAAGAUAAACAAAGGCAAAUCAUCGCAUGUAUUAAAUGAAUUCCUCUUGUGUAAAUUCAGUUAUGCGAAGGUCCUCCAACAAUUCUUUCGGUUUUGA